UUGUGCACUGAUAUUCAUGCUCUAUUGAUUAAAGGUCAAGUCAAGAAGAUGUCUUCAUACAAAGCGGCUUUCAUUCUCUUGUGCACCACUGCCUGUCUUGCAGUUCCUCCACCUCCAGGACCAAAUAUUGUCAUGAUGCUUGUUGAUGACUGGGGCUGGGCUAAUGUUGGAUAUCAUCGGAAUCCACCAACCAAAGAGGUUGUGACUCCAAACAUUGAUAGUCUAGUGAGACAAGGUCUGGAGCUAGACCAGCAUUAUGUCUUUAAUGUUUGUUCUCCUUCAAGAUCUUCGCUGAUGUCUGGUCGGCUACCAAUUCAUGUCAAUGAUCUCAAUAUAGAACCAGAUUAUUAUAAUCCUGACGAUCCUGUCUCUGGAUUCUCUGCUAUACCCAGAAAUAUGACUGGAAUUGCACAAAAGAUGAAACUUGGCGGCUACGACACUCAUCAAGUUGGUAAAUGGGAUGCUGGAAUGGCUACACAUACCCAUACACCAAAAGGGCGUGGAUUUGAUUCCUCUUUUGGCUAUUUUCAUCAUGCCAAUGACUUUUAUACUGAAAUAGAUGGUAAACCAUGCAAUAAGACCAAAAUUGUUGACAUUUGGGUCACUGACAAACCGGGCUAUGGUUUGAAUGGUACAGGCCCAGAUAAUUAUGAAGAAGGUUUGUUUAAAGAGCAGCUCCUUAAAGUUGUUAAUGAGCAUGACACAGGGAAGCCAUUGUUUCUUUACUAUGCUCCUCAUAUUGUACAUGCACCACUUCAAGUACCACAGAGAUAUCAAGACAAGUUUAGCUUUAUUGACGAUCAUGAUCGUCAAAUCUAUCAUGCCAUGGUAAACUACCUUGACGACGUUGUAGGCGAACUUGUUGAUGCACUCAAGAAAAAGGGACUUUGGGAAAAUCUGCUAUUCGUCACUAGUAGUGACAAUGGUGGACCAGUGUAUCCUGGAGGUGGUGCCAAUAACUAUCCACUGAAAGGAGGGAAGGCAAGCGACUGGCAAGGAGGAAUACGUUCCAAUGCUUUUGUAUCAGGAGGCUAUCUUCCAGAGAAAAUGAGAGGCAAGAAAUUGGAUGGGUAUAUUCAUCUUGCUGACUGGUAUGCUACAUUCUGUGCACUAGCUAAUGUCGAUCCAACAGAUGAGGCAGCAGCCAAAGCUGAUCUUCCUCCGAUAGAUAGUUUAAAUAUGUGGCCACUAAUUUCAGGGGAAACCAUGACAUCGCCACGUGUUGACAUACCCAUCUCAUACAAAACUCUAAUCAGUGGCGAAUACAAAAUUCUAACUGGUACAAAUAAUCAAGCUGGAUAUACCGGGCCACAAUAUCCUAACCAAACCAAUCCUAACGGAGGAAUCAACAUUUUUCAACAAUGUGGAGAUGGCUGCCUCUACAACAUUAUGACCGAUCCUGAGGAAAGGGUUGACCUGGCAGCAAAAAUGCCAGAUAAACUCAAGGAAAUGCAGCAGAAGCUUGCCCAGUACCAAAAAACUCAUUUCGCACCAGAUCGUGGCAGCCCCUGGCCUGGAGCAUGUGAUGCUGCUUUAAACACAUACAAUGGAUUCUGGGGACCUUUUGUACCUUAAAAACAUGUAAAAUGCUUGCUAUUACUAUGCUACGCAGCUACAGUCCUUGCUAUUGCUGUACUAUAAUAGUACUUGCUAUUGCUGUACUAUAUUUAUAGAUACUUGGCCAAAUUAUCAGCUAAAAAUUCAAAAUAAAUUUUCUGUUUCCGCUGUUUGAUAUUUUAUAUAGUGAAACUGAAUGUAAACUUUUUGUUUAUGAUUCCAUUGCAGCUGUAGCAA